UCACUUCGUGGCCUGGCAACCAGAAGAGGCUUUGGCAACUAGACAGACCCCUUUCAUCAAGCAUUCGAGCUAGUUUAAAGGCUAGCCACAAUCGCUAGCUGCCUAUAUUUUCCAGAGAGAUUUAAACCAUCCAGAUACCACCAUGUCUUCAAAGACUCUGCCUCUGCUUUUCAUCAAUCUCGGUGGAGAAAUGCUGUACAUCCUGGACCAGCGGCUUCGAGCUCAGAAUAUCCCUCCUGUCAAAUCUGAGAAAGUUAUGAAUGACAUCAUCACCACCAUGUUCAACAAAAAGUUCCUGGAGGAGCUUUUCAAGCUACAGGAGCUUUACUCCAAGAAGGCCCUGCGGACUGUGUUCGACAGGCUGGCCCAUGCCUCCAUAAUGAGACUCAAUCAAGCUAGCAUGGACAAGCUCUACGACUUGAUGACCAUGGCUUUCAAGUACCAGGUGCUUCUCUGCCCUCGGCCCAAGGAUAUCCUCCUGGUCUCCUUCAACCACAUGGACGCAAUCAAGGACUUUGUGAAAAACUCUCCCUGCAUUCUGAGCCAGAUUGAUGACACGUACCGAAAGCUCAUAGAGAUGUACACACCUUUAUCUAAUGGUGAAUUCCAGCUGAUUAGACAAACUCUUCUUAUCUUCUUCCAAGACAUGCAUAUAAGGGUGUCUAUUUUCCUCAAGGACAAAGUGCAGAACUCCAACGGCCGCUUUGUACUUCCCACCAGUGGUCCAGUGCCCCAUGGAACACAAAUCCCUGGCUUGAUAAGGAUGUUUAGCUGUACCGGUGAGGAGGUGAGCAGGCUGCAGUUCAAUAAUGGAGGAAACUAUACUGCUGCUCUACGGGAAGGAUCUUUUGAGAGUUUUGGAGACAGGGUCACCAAACUAGGCACAAACAUGUACAGUGUGAGCCGCCCAGUGGAAACCCAUAUGUCAGGAACCUCUAAAAACUCUGCUCAACACACUAAGGUCAAUGCUGCUCCCAACCCUCUAGCCAAAGAGGAGUUGAAUCUGUUGGCCAGGUUAAUGGGAGGGUUAGAAGUUCAGAAAUCAGGAAACGCAGACAGUGGCUUCCGGAUCAACCUCUUUGCUACUGAUGAGGAGGAAGAAGAGGCAUUAAUAUCAAGACCAGAUGAGCUUUCAUAUGGAGUCAUAAAGAUCCAAGCAACAAAGGACCAACAAGCUAAUGCUGAGCUAGCCAAAAUCAUGGGGGAGUUCACAGAGUCUGGAGAUCAAUCUCCCAGCGCCAGCAGCAAAGGAGACGACCUACUGGCCAUGAUGGACGGCCUGUGACAUGGUCACCCUGACAGAAAUGCCCAGGGGGUGGGACACAAUGCAUCGUCAACAGUCCGUUCUACUGUAGACUAGUCUGCUGCCUGCACCUGCAAAUAAACUGCGGUAACCUCACAUGCAGCCAGAAAGCCUUGUCUUUGGGUGCUUUUUAAAUGCAGAUGGAUGCAGGUGUUUUUCAGUUGAUGAAAUGCCUGAAAAUUUGCAUAGUUAACAACAAAGGAUGUGUGGGGAGCCAAGCUUUGAGAUGUAAUACACUGUAAUAGUUUGCUGUAAACUGAGAAGAGGUAAGGUGCAAUGAGAUAUACAGUAGGCUUAUAUCAGUGUGUUGAAUAAUUUGUAUGUGAUAAUGGCAAAA